UAUCAUUCACACAUAAAACAAUAGGUAACAAUGUGGCAAAGUCCAUUCGUAGUUGUGAUAAGCAGUUAUUAAUGUUGAGGACAUAUAGCUUAACAAGCUUUUAGCCGGCUCAAGAUACAGAAUGGCUUACUGGAAUGUAUUUUAUUUAAUUUUAACUUUUCUUGUUCUGCAUACAACUAAAUGUUCAAUGGUCAAGGUUAAUAAUGGUGGAUAUGAAGAUAUUGUUAUUGCAAUUAAUCCUGCCUUAAAGGAAGAUAGCAGAAUAAUUGAAAGCAUUCAGAAUACGGUUAAAGAGGCAACACAAUAUUUAUUUCAAGCUACCAAAAAGAGGCUCUUCAUAAGGAAUGUGAAAAUUUUAAUCCCAUCUACAUGGUCAUCAAACAAUUACACUAAACCAACAACUGAAACAUAUGAUAAGGCUGAUGUUAUUGUUGCAGAUCCUUAUUUGAAAUAUGGCAAUGACCCAUACACAUUACAAUAUGGGCUGUGUGGUGAACAAGGAAGAUACAUUCAUUUGACUCCGAGUUUCUUGUUGGACGACAAUUUAAUCUCAGUUUAUGGGCCACGAGGAAGAGUGCUUGUACAUGAAUGGGCUCACCUUCGAUGGGGAGUAUUUGAUGAAUACAGUUAUGAUAACCCCUAUUAUAUCCAUGGAAGUUUUAAAGUAGAGGCAACAAGGUGCUCACUGGAUAUAUUUGGAAUCAACAUACUCCAGCCAAACCAAUGCCAAGGAAAUUCCUGUCCAACAAAAGCUUGUAAUUUUGACUCGAAGACAGGUGUAUAUGAAGAGGGUUGUGUUUUUGUGCCUGACAAAUACCAGUUUGGGCAAGAAUCUAUAAUGUAUGCACAGGCUCUAACUGAAGUCUCUGCAUUUUGUGAUGACAGCAAUCACAACAUUGAGGCUCCAAAUCUACAUAACCGAAUGUGUGAUUCACGUAGCACAUGGAGUGUGAUCAUGGAUUCCAAUGACAUCGCCUCUACUACUCCAUCAACAACUAACAACAUUCCGAUCCCUUCCUUUACACUGCUGCAGAACAGGAAUAGAGUGGUCACUUUAGUGAUUGAUGUUUCUGGGAGUAUGAGCUUGAAUGAUAGGAUUGGGAGAGUGCGUCAAGCAGCAGAUGUCUUUCUGAUUCAAAUUAUUGAAACCAACACAUAUGUUGGGAUUGUGCAAUUCUGUAACAUUGCAUCAGUCAUUUCACCACUAAAGAAUCUCACCAAGAAUCAGAAAGAAAUGUUUAAAGCUAUGAUUCCAUCUUCAACAAUGAAUGAAAGAACUGACAUUUGUGCAGGAAUUCGUUUGGGUAUUGAGGUAAAUAAAGGACAGGACGGAACAUCAUAUGGUACUGAACUUGUGCUAUUAACAGACGGAGAAGAUAAUAAUGACACCAGGCUUUGCUUCUCAGACAUAAAAAAUAGUGGAGUAAUUAUUCAUGUCAUAGCAGUUGGGCCAAAUGCGGAAAAAGAACUUGAAGAAAUAUCAGCAAUGACAGGAGGAUUGCAAUUUCUAGCAUCAGACAUGGUGGAUGCUAACGGACUGAUUGAUGCUUUCAGUGGGAUUUCAGCAGCAGAUGGCGACGUUUUUAAGAAGUCUAUACAGCUAGAAAGCAGUGCUAUAAAAAUUCAACCUAAUGAGUGUUUGAGUGGAACAGUUUACAUCGAUCUCACUGUAGGAAAUGAAACAUUUUUCCUAGUUACUUGGCAAGAUUCAGUGCCAUCUAUCCGUUUACAAGAUCCCAAGAGAAAAAUAUAUACUACUGAGCAGUUUUCCAGUGAUGUAACAUCCAAAUUGUCUAGACUUGAAAUCCCAGGAACAGCAGAGAGGGGACCUUGGCUUUACAGGAUUUGCAAUAAUAAUACAUUAAACCAAGUUCUAGGUAUCAUAGUAAAUUCCAAGGCGGCUGAUUUCUCUAUCCCUCCAAUUAUUGCCAAUGCCCACAUGAACAAGGAGACGAAUUCUUAUCCUAAUCCAAUGGUUGUUUAUGCAUUAGUAAAGCAGGGGCUAAUGCCAGUGACAGGAGUUAACGUAACAGCAAUUAUUGAAUCAGAUAAUGGAAAUGUGGAGAUUAUGGAGCUUCUGGACAAUGGAGCAGGUGCUGAUGUUGCAAAGAAUGACGGCAUUUACACAAGGAAUUUUAUUGCGUUCAGUACAAAUGGAAGGUAUAGUUUGAAGGUACAGGUGAGGGGUGAAGACACUAAAAGCAGAUUGGCACUUCCAAAGAAUCAGGCUUUCUAUAUUCCUGGCUAUGCUGAAAGAGGGACGAUUACGAUGAACGCACCUAAGCCCUUAGUCAAUGAAAGUGAUCUACAGCUUAAUGUAGGAGUAUUUGUCAGGACGUCUUCAGGUGGUUCCUUCAUUGUAUCUAAUGUUCCACUUGGGCCCCAAACUGACACCAUUAAACCGUACAAAAUAACAGACUUGGCAGCAAAGACUUCUGGAUACACGAUUGUGCUUUCUUGGACGGCAACUGGUGACGAUCUGGACCAAGGAACUGCAAACAAAUAUGAUUUAAGAACAUGCGUCAACCCAAAUGACCUGAGAAACAACUUUGAGUCCUGCUACUUGGUCAACAUGGCUGGUGUAAAACCACAGCCAGCUGGAUCCCAUGAAACAUUUACAUUUGUUCCUGGAAAUAUGGUUGUUGCAAAUGGAAGUAUACUUCAUUUUGCAUUGAUUGCAAUUGAUAAAGUAUCCCAGAAAUCAAACAUAUCUAAUAUAGCACAGGCUGCAAUUUUUAUUUCUCAAGUGCAACCAACUACUACACCAAAAUCUACAACUAGCACUGCCAAAACUUCCAAAUACACUAGUACAUCAAUAAUAUUUCCACCUUCCGACGGUUGUCCAUCUGGACUGAGUGUAACUGCUUGGACAGUGAUAGUGUGUGCAAUAAUUAUUGUAACUUGUCUCAUUGUGUGUAUUGUCAUUUGCAUCACAAGCUGCCUGAUGAGAAAAGGGAAGAAAAUAUAAUAUAUAAAUAUUAUAAAGCAAACAGAGAAGAAAAUAAUUGAUUUAAUAUAAAAAAAGAAAAUAAAUGUGUCUAUUUUUAAUAUAUAUUACAUAAAACUCAGUAACCCAUUAGAAAAAUGACAGUUAAUAACAUGUACAUAUGUUUGCGAUUCAUACAAAUAAUCUAAAAGAUUUUACAGUUGUACUUCUACCGAAUAAUAAGGUAAUACUUGUAUUAUCCUACUCACCGAUGAUUUAAA